CAAUCCCACAAGAAUUGUGAAAAUUCACGGCGACUAGGGAGUGACGAGUGGGCGAGCGAGCCAUCUCUCUAACCAUCAGUCGACCUAAGAAGACGAGCAAGGGACACCACGAUCCUAGUCUCCCACACUCUCCGUGAGCCUCGUUCUUCUUCCACCCCGUCCCCCUUUUCGCAUCACGAUCCCCAUAGCCAUCGCCCAGCAUGGCUGCGACAGAUUCCGGCUCGUUCCUUCAUCUGGCACGGCCUCUUGCGCCCUCCACCUUCAACUUCCAAAACAACCUCGCCCCGCUUAGCGUUAACAUCCAGCCUCAAGCUAUCCUCUCAAUUCUUGACCAUGCCAACCGCCGCGACAUCCCCGCAACACCCACCACAUCGUCGCGCGUCAUCGGCGCCUUGAUAGGAACUAGAUCUGAAGAUGGCAGCGAUAUUUCGGUUGUUUCGUCCUUCGCUAUCCCCCAUACCGAGAACGAGGACCAAGUCGAGGUGGAUGUCGAAUAUCAGAAGAAUAUGUUGUCACUUCACCUCAAGGCGAACCCUCGCGAGACAUUACUCGGUUGGUACACAACGUCGCCAGAACUCAACAGUUUCAGCGCCCUGAUUCAAAACUUCUUUGCUUCUCCCGAGACCGGAACAUUUCCUCACCCGGCUGUUCACUUGACCGUGUCGACUGAGCCCGGCUCCGAUGUUCAACUACGCGCCUACAUAUCCUCUCCCGUGGCUGUCAAUGCUGAACGUGCCGCUGAGAGCUGCCUCUUUGUCCAAGUACCCCACAAGCUUGCAUACAACGAUGCCGAGCGAUCUGCGCUUGACUUGAUUUCGAGCGCCAAGGAUAACGAGACACGCACCGCCCCCGUUGGUUCCGACGUUGAGUCUUUGCUGCGCAGCCUCGAGAGUACAAUAGACCUUCUAGAUCGUACCUCCGAGUUUGUGAGCGCCAUCAUCGACGAGGAGCAGGAACCAAACAACGCUCUAGGGCAGUACCUUAUGAGCGCGCUGGCGCUCGCACCUAAAGUUGACCCGGUCCAAAUUGAAGCCGACUUCAACAACCACGUUCAGGAUGUGCUCAUGGUUAGUUACUUAGCCAAUAGCAUCCGAACCCAGAUCGACCUGAGCCAGCGUCUUGCUACGGCAGUGCUGUCUAGCGAGGACAAAGACGCCAAGGACGGCGAGAAGGGUGAGAGAGGCGAGCGCGGUGAGCGCGGCCAGCGUGGCGGCAAGCGAGGUGGUCGUGGGGGUGGUCGAGGCGGUGGCCAGCAGCGUGAGCCUAGAGAACCUAGGGAGCCCAGGGAGCCAAGAGAACCAACCGAGUGAACACACAACCUCAGUGUAAAAGGUUGAAAAGUACCGACGUGGGAGUGCAAGUUCAUAGAUAUACGAACCACUGCCAGUACUGUCCCUAUAGAUGGGGCAUUUACCCUGGCUUUAGAAUUACCAUACAAGCGGCGAACUAACAAUUUGGGGGUUAGUUAUUUCCAGACCCGGAAAGACAGCCGUAAAAGAAUCAUUGGCUUGCUUUAUGACGAAGAAGGCAGGCAAAAGUCCCCUAGAAAGGAGACACAUUAUUACUGCAGGCGUUCCAUCCGGAUUGGGGAAACCAGAGUAAUAGAUUAGGACGUAUUUGACGAAAUAAAAAUAUGAUCGAUACCUCA